AUGCAGAGAGCUUGCUCCACGUCAGCUCCUUGUAGCUCGGCAGCAGAAGCCAUCCACGUAGAUGGAGUGGACUGUCAGCAUGCUCAACAAGGAGCGAAACGGGUACAUCCGUCAAGGUCCAGUAACCGGCAUCGCACGAGCGAGGUAGAGGAGCGUAGGAAUGAUGCCGAUCAUACCGGACACAGUUGCAGGAGUAGCAGCAAUCGCAGCGUGAAGAGUGUACAUGCUAGCUGCGAGGGAGCUGAACGACACGGAACGCGAGGGGAGGAGGCGGAGGAUCUCUACAAGCUGAUCCCAGGGAACAUAGAAUCGGCACUUAUGCCGUUCCAGAAGGAGGGAGUCAAGUUUGGGAUAUCGCAUGGAGGAAGGGUGCUGAUUGCAGAUGAGAUGGGGCUGGGCAAGACGUUGCAGGCAAUAGCCAUAGCUUGCGUGUUCUCCCAGGACUGGCCUGUGGUCUGCCUCAUGCCGGCCUCGAUGAGAUGGGUUUGGGCCGAGGAGCUGGAAAAGUGGCUGACUGAUUUGCGUCCUGGAGACAUCAAAGUAGUGAGAUCAAGUACGGACGUGGACAACUUGAAGACGGCAAAGAUGGUGAUCGUUACUUACGACCUCUUGUCCCGGAGCGAUUUCCUCCAGACAAGUCUGAUCGGCUGCGGGUUUCGCACCAUCAUAGUGGACGAGAGUCAUUACUGCAAGAACAAAGACACGAAGCGGACAAAAGCUGUGAUGAGGUUGGCCAAACAAGCGCGCAGAUGCGUCCUGCUCUCUGGGACGCCUGCCUUGAAUCGCCCUGCAGAGCUGUUCUCACAGAUCACCAUGAUCGCUGACAAGACCUUUGGAUCCUGGACGGAGUACACCACUAGGUAUUGUGACGGGCGUCGAGGUCGAUUCGGCUGGGAAUGUAGAGGAGCGACACACAUAGAGGAGCUGCAUGACAAGUCGAUCAUGAUCCGACGGCUCAAGAAUGACGUGAUGAGUGAACUGCCAGCGAAACGUCGACAGCACAUCCCGCUUGAGCUAGAUCAGAACUCUUUGAAGUCUAUCAGAGAAAACAUGAACAAGAUGGGCGGACUCGACGGUUUCGAGCGUAACGUGGUCUGGGGUGAACUGACCAAACAGACCGCUUUGGCGAAGGCAGAAUUAGCAGCACAGUACAUGAUGGACUUGGUGGAGGGAGGAGCGAAGUUACUGAUCUUUGCUCACUACUUGGCGGUACUGGACACUUUGGAAAAGGAGCUCUGCAGAGCAAAGGCACGAAGCAAUGAGAUUAACAAAUGUGUGGGAUACAUCAGGAUAGACGGGGGUGUUUCCGCUAGCGAUAGACCAGACCUUGUCAAGAAAUUUCAGACCCGUUCUGAUGUGCGUGUGGCGGUUUUGGGUCUGCAGGCAGCGGGUCAGGGGCUGACGUUGACAGCAGCCUCGGCAGUUGUGUUCGCCGAACUGCAUGUGACGCCUGGCGUGAUGGUGCAGGCAGAGGACCGAGCUCAUCGCAUCGGGCAGACCGCCUCUGUCAAUGUGCACUACCUUGUAGCGCGACAAACGCUUGACGAAUGCAUCUGGCGGCUGUUGACUCGCAAGCUGUCGGUGGUGAGCCACACGCUGAAUGGGAAGAAGCAGAGACUGGAGGCGGAGAGGGUUGCCGGAGGCCGCCGGGACAGCAGCGAACUCUCGUUCACCCUACCGGACGACGACGAAGUCUUCAAUGAACUUGCUGUCACUCCUGGGAAACCAGACAUUCGUUCUUUCUUCGAUCCGAGGUGCGGGAGGCCGAGAAAGCCCAAGGAGUCAGUGUUAGAGUCUAAAUCGACCGGUGAUGUGAUCGAUCUUUGCGAUGCCGAGGAAAACUCUACACCAGUCUCUGGUAAUAGUAGAACUCGUUUGUGUUGGGCAUGA